CUUUCUUGAGAAAAUUGCAAAAGAGAUUAUGAUGUAUAUAUUUAUAUAUAUUUUGGAAUAUCGGAUUUUACGAUGGAAUUGUUUUUCGGGUGUUUCUCUGUUUCGUUAUUAUUUAUUUUGUGGGUGGGUUAGUAGCUUGUUAUGGGGUUGGUGUGUUUGAUUCAACGCGAAAUAUAGUAUUUUUUCUCGGGGAAAAAAGUUAAGGAAAGAAAGUAAAACCAAACCUUUGGUUUUUCUGGAAUAUAUGGAGGAGUAGAGCCACAGUGAUCCUUUGUUUCUGUUUGGGGUUUUCAGUUUUAUAAGGCCCUCUUAUUACGGACAAAGAGUACUGAUAAUUAUAGAUGAGCUAAGAAAUUGGAGUGGAGAAUAUUUCAACCAUUAGAGCCCUAAUUUUCAGGAAUAUAAGAUGGGGAUGGGACCAUCUGGCUCCUCUUUUUUCUCUUCUCCUUGUUUAUUUCUUUUAUGUCUUAAGAUAGUCUGAAUAUGGGGUUAGCUUCGUUCUUCGUGAAAACGAUUCAGCUAGCCUAUUGUGACAGAAGGUCUUGCCCUCCAUAUCUUGAUGCUUGUGUAUCCUUUCUGCCCUUUGUUAUAAUUAAAUAGUUUUGUCAAAUCAUAUCCAUAUCAGUCAAAAACCGCUAGCAAAAGACUUGGUUUUUAGUAUAUGUUUGUAGUUCGAGUUUUGAAGUUUAUGAAGUGGGUUUAUUAAUCUGAAGUGUUUAGAACUGUUUUGCUUGUUUAUACUUCCAACUGAGGAAUAAAUCAAUACUACGAGGUUGGUUUCUGGAAGGAAGCUUUUUAUGGAACCUCUUCUCUGUUCACCAGGCUCCUGAACUUGGAGACAAUAUUAAAACAUUAACCUUGUUUAGUAGAAGACUUAUGUUGAUACGCAUCAUAUAUUUAACUACUAUACAAGCUCAUACAUGGACGAGUAUCCUGGAAAACGAACUCCUGAUGACCUUGUUAUCUCUAGAAAGGGGUCUGUUUUAAGAGAAUCUCCUAACAACAGAGAUAACAAUGCCCAAUUCUGCAACAGAAUUGGAUGCAAUGGAAGACCAAACUCCACAAAGGCUACCCAAACUGGAAAAGCCAAACCUUGGAAGCCUUUUGCGCGUGCAUCUUCUAGUGGGAAGGAGAUAAUUGGAAGUUCUUCUAGGACAAAUGCUUCUGUCAGCAAUUCAAAAAAAUCCAUCUCAGAGGCUUGUAAAAAGCUUUCUCCUCAUAUGGAAACAGAUUCGUCAGAGACUAGCAGUAUCCAGGAUGAGCCAGAAGGUUCAGACCCGAUCACUCCAUCUGGAAAGAUUCAAAGGGGACUAGUGAAGUCUAGUGAGAUCUCAAUGAUGGAAGUAGGAGGCUCUAGUGUAGCAUCAAAUGCACUAUCUCGUAGGAAAUUUAACCAGAGUUCUGGAAUGAGCAACCAGGCUGCUUCAGGAAGUCCCUCUGCGUCUUCCAGAUCGAAAAACACAAGCAUGCAGCCUCAUGCCGGUGCAACCAGGUAUGGUUUGAAAAGUCUAAAAUGCAAUUCGAUAUCUGAUGUUGUCCCAUCAAGUUGCUCAUCAUCGCAUGCGAGCUUCAGUAAAAGAAGGGAAGCUGUAAAAAAGAGAAAUUCUGAAGCAGAAAGUAGUUCCAGUGCCAAAGGGAAGAAGAUCAAUGGGUCAUUAUCUGGACAAACUUCCAGUUCUAAUGGCAUUUCCAUUUCUGAUUCAAGAAGAGGUAGAAAUAUGCCUCUUAAUAGGGAUAAUAGUCCUGCAUCAGUUAGGACUCGGAGGUCAGUCAACAGUCAAACAAGGCUUCCAAAUGAAGGAAGUGGAAACAAUUUAUCACACAAUGGUUCUCCUGUGGUUAUUCCACGGCGGUCCCACCGUGAGAUAUCUAUGGACAUGAGUCCUAGUUCAUCACAGCUAUUAUCCACCGAAGCUCCCUUCGGUCACCCAAAUUCGUAUGGUCGAUCAGGUAGUAGCAGUGAGGAUAUGCACAAUAUUUUACCAUCUGGUCCAGCAGAAGUUGGUUUUAGUCGAUCUUUAGCGAAUCGAGAUAAUAGGCGUCGAUACAACAUGGAUGGAAUUGCAGAGGUAUUAUUGGCUCUUGAGAGAAUUGAACAUGAUGAAGAACUAACAUUUGAGCAAUUGCUUGCUCUGGAGACCAAUUUGUUCCUUAAUGGCCUUAGUUUCUAUGAUCAACAUAGAGACAUGAGACUGGAUAUCGAUAACAUGUCAUAUGAGGAAUUAUUAGCCCUUGAAGAGAGAAUGGGUAAUGUGAGUACAGCACUUCCAGAAGAAGCACUGUCUGAUUGCCUUAAGAGAAGUAUUUAUCAGUCUAUGCCUUUAGAAGGUGUGGCCAUUGGUAGCAAUGAUGAUGUCAAAUGCAGUGUCUGCCAGGAAGAAUAUGUGGGUGGAGAUGAACUUGGAAGGUUGCAGUGUGAGCACAGAUUUCAUGCUGUUUGCAUACAACAGUGGCUGGGUCUUAAGAACUGGUGCCCGAUAUGCAAGUCUUCAGCGGCUCCUUCACCUUCAACUUCACCAAACCGACACUCCACAUAGAUAUAGUAGUUCUUUUAUGUGCCAAAGUGAGGUACAUUGUGUACAAAUUUAAUGGGUUUCUUCUUGUUCUCUUUUUUCUACUUUUUUUUUUCUUCCUUUAAAUUAUUAUUUUAUAUCCACUUUGUUAAUGUACAUAUCGAUUCUCUUUUAUCUCCAUCAACUAAUAAGCCCAAGUAUUGGUGCACAUAGCAGGAACUCUGCACUCAUUUACAAAACUGUGAAUAUUCACAAGUUGUUUUUAUGAA